GCCAAAUGCCUUCACCUAAAUACCCAAGACAUUACUAAUUUGAUAAGAGUCCUUUUCCUAUUUUUCACUUGCCUAAUAGCAGUUUCUCAAUCUGUCUGUACUAUAUUCCCACGAAGAGCAAUUUUAGUGGCACAGAACAUGUCUGCAAAGGAAAAUGAAGGUGUAGUUGCAACACAGGUAGGUGAAAGCACACAAGAAUGGAUGGUCAGAGCAGUAAACAUGUGGAAAAUGGACUGGCAACCAGCCCACAUGUACAGCUGGGUGUCUUACGUGCUUAAAGAUUUGUUCCUGACUAAUGUUUCUCAGCUGACCUAUGACCUUGGUUUGGAAAAGACCCAAACAAACCCAAACAACUUGGGGAAGAUUUUAAUCUUAAACUCAAGCUGUGAAAUUUGGGUCUUCUAUUUCCUUCCUGUGCUGAGAGUAGAAUCAUCAGGUUUGAUCAAGGCACAGAUGCUGGAUGUUUGCAAUGAAGAUUUGAGGGUGAAAAGAGUGACAGCAGGUUUAUCUGGAAAAGAAGAUACAGAGCCUCAGUGCAAUGUGCACAACUCAUUGGUGUUAAGAGAAGGGGGAGCACUUUCUGUCAGUCUCCAGGAGCCAGGACCCACAGUGGAGCUCUCCCCAACUCUAUCCCCACACAAAUGGGGCUGGGCCAGAAAAGUGCUUGGCUUUUUCCUUGGCCCUGUCAGAGCUCAUCAAAACAACCACACGAUGAAACAAAACAACCACACGAUGGAACAACCACACGAUGGUGCUGUCAGCUCGCAAAAGAAGGAAAUGCACCAAGGCCAGCUCGAAACCACGGAAUGCAGAGCCAAACUGAAAAAUGUCCUUGCUCUCCAACCCAUUGUUCCACCACAAAGAGAUUUUGCUGAUCUUCCCCUCCUAACUGCACACUCUUCAUUGCACCACACUCAAAGGGAAACGUGAACUCCUUUGCCCUCACAGAGCUUUUCACUCAGAGUCUGCUAAAAAACUUGAAUACAUCUGGCAAAAAACAUCUCGCUGCCUACAACUUCAACUGCACCCAUCAAACUAUGAGCACACACUAUGGGCAUUUGCCUUCUCAGCUCUAGGUACUGUCCUAAGCUUUCAGUUUCACAGGGUCAAGAUCCAAAUGUAAAGGCACCUGAGACUGCCCACACACUAAAGCUACCAGGACAAAAAAACUCAACAGCUUGGUAUCUGCAUUCCCACUGAAAAUUCAACAGUCCUAACCUGGAGAACUGCCUAUUGGGAAAAGCCUUUAAAUUCACUCAGAC